AUGACGUUCCGCGAGAAAGUCAGACGGGUCUUCCAACGUUCGUCGCCCAGCAAGGGCAAUGGCAAACCCAACGUGGAGUACUAUCGCCGCAAUGAGGUGCCCCCCUCCAAGUUCCGAGGUCCCUUCGAUAAAGCGCACCAAAAGCGCCUAGCGGCGUGGUCCUUUGAACGCGCAAUGGAGGACCGCCCGCGCUCUCUCGACUUGUCGCUGUCCCCUUGCGCCACGUACGACUUGCCCGGCCCUCUCGAACCCCUCAGCAGCAACAACACCGAGGUCUCACCCGACCACGACGGCGUGCCGAUCGAUCCAGCUCUAACCGACUUCGGUCCCGACUCCGGCUCCUCCGUGCCCGGCCUGGCCGACUCUUUCCGCCCCACGGGCUCCCAGUCCUCCACCGUCGUCAACUCCAACUCGGAGAGCUACUCCGGCUCCAUGAUGACGCUGCUGCCCGAAGAGCACGACGUCAGGGUCUACGCGAUCCACGAUGAUCCUAUCGCCCUGCUGAAGGAGUCCAUCCGGUACACCUCGCCCAUCGUCCGUGCCAUGUCGCCCACCUCGCCGUACCCCAAGUCGCCCCGAGGCUGGGGCAAGACCAAGAGUCUACCCUUUGCGCCCGAGGACCUGACCCGCGCGCUGAAUGCCGUGCAGGUCUGCGCGUAA